UGAGAAGCCGAGGUAAAACCUUUGACAGGAAGACUUGUUUGAUUGCACUGGAGGCGUGGGGUUGGUUCUAGGAAGACGGUUUUAAUAUUUCAGCAUUUAUUGGUGUUAAUUUAAAUUUACCAGGUUAUCAGAUAUAUUUAUUCAAAGAAGUAUAAGGUGAGGACAUGGCUGCAGAAAUGACCCAGAUUGCUGAACAGCUGUCAAUUGGGGAGCUAUAUGUCUCUGAUAAAGAAGGCGAUGAUUCAACUGGAGAUGGGACAAAAGAGAAACCUUUCAAAACUGCAUUGAAGGCAGUGUUAUUUUUUGGAAAGGAACCAUUUCCCAACAUUUAUGUCGACUCUCAAAAGGAUGAUGAGCGUUGGGCUCUUAUAUCUAAAACCCAGAUGAAGAAUGUUGUAAAGCUCUGGCAUCGGGAACAAAUGAAAAAUGAAGCCAAAGAUAAAAAAGAGGCGGAAGAUGCAAUUCGCAGAGAAAAGAACUUGGAAGAAGCUAAAAAGAUUGUGAUCAAGAAUGAUCCUAGUCUUCCAGAGCCUAAAACACUUAAGAUUCGAUGUUUGGAGGAAUUCAGGGAUCAGCGUGUGAAAGUGUUUGGCUGGGUGCACAGGUUGCGCAAACAAGGGAAGAACCUGAUGUUCAUAGUUCUUCGAGACGGUACAGGCUACCUGCAGUGUGUCCUUACUGAUCAGUUGUGUCAAUGCUAUAAUGCGAUGGUCCUGUCUACUGAAAGCACUGUUGCGCUUUAUGGAUCACUGAAGCUUGUACCAGAAGGGAAGCAAGCUCCGGGAGGCCAUGAGCUCCACUGUGAUUUCUGGGAGCUGAUUGGCUUGGCUCCAGCCGGUGGUGCCGAUAACUUGCUCAAUGAAGAGUCGGAUGUGGACGUGCAACUGAACAACCGGCACAUGAUGAUCCGUGGAGAAACCGUGUCCAAGAUCCUGAAAGUGCGCUCCGCUGUUACCCACUGCUUCAGAGAACACUUCUUUAGCCGGGGCUACAAUGAGAUCACACCCCCUACCUUGGUGCAGACUCAAGUCGAGGGAGGAUCCACUUUGUUUAACCUGAACUACUUUGGGGAAGAGGCAUACCUAACCCAGUCUUCCCAGCUCUACCUGGAAACAUGCAUUCCAGCCCUGGGAGAUACCUUCUGUAUCUCCCAGUCCUACCGUGCAGAACAGUCUAGAACACGCAGACAUCUGUCAGAGUACACUCACGUCGAGGCAGAGUGUCCAUUCAUUUCAUUUGAGGACCUGCUGAACCGCCUGGAAGACCUGGUUUGUGAUGUUGUGGACAGGGUUCUGAAGUCUCCAGCUGCUGCCUUGCUUUAUGAUGUUAAUCCAGUAUGUUCAAGAAAGAUCUACUGCACUAUUUACGAUUUCAUUGACAUAGUAAAUAUAAUGUGAGUUUUUAGGCAGCUU